UCCUGCACGGCAGAGGAUCACGAGAGCCGCGGAGCGAUCCUCCUUCAGCCGCACGCGAGCUAAUCGGAGCGCUUCCGCCUGAGCCGGCCAAUCAGAGCGAGGUGCGCUGCAGCUUAUAAACGCGUCAGCUGCCGAGCCUUUUCCGUUCACCGUCCCCGCUGUCCCGUGAAUCACUGACCCCAGCUGCAGCCCUCUACACCGCAACCGUGAAGAUGGCGGCCCGGGUCGUUAUAUUUUUCAAGACCAUGCAAGCGGCGCGAUGCCCAACAGAUGAGCUGUCGCUGACUAAUUGUGCCGUGGUGAGCGAGAAGGAUCUGCAGUCAGGACAACAUGUGACUGUGAAGACCACACCCAACCACAAGUAUGUGUUUACAGUGAAGACUCACCACACUGUGGCACCUGGAAGCAUCGCCUUCAGCCUGCCGCAGAGGAAGUGGGCGGGUCUCUCCAUCGGCCAGGAGGUUGAAGUGGCCAACUACAACUUUGACAAGUCCAAGCAGUGCAUCGGCGCCAUGACAAUCGAAAUCGACUUCCUGCAGAAGAAGAGUACGGACUCCUCCCCGUAUGACUCGGACAAGAUGGCUGCCGAGUUCAUCCAGCAGUUCAACAACCAGGCCUUCUCUGUUACCCAGCAGCUCGUCUUCAGUUUCUGUGACAAGCUGUUUGGUUUGGUGGUGAAAGACAUCGAGGCCAUGGACGCCAGCAUCCUCAAAGGAGAGCCGGCCUCUGGAAAGAAACAGAAGAUCGAGUGCGGGCUGAUGAUCGGCAACAGCCAGGUGAUCUUUGAGAAGGCGGAGAGCUCGUCCCUCACACUCGUUGGAAAGGCAAAGACCAAGGAGGCUCGACAGACAAUCAUCAACCCAGACUGGAACUUUGAGAAGAUGGGAAUCGGAGGUCUGGACAAGGAGUUCUCCGACAUUUUCCGCAGAGCCUUUGCUUCCCGAGUCUUCCCUCCGGACAUCGUGGAGCAGAUGGGUUGUAAGCACGUGAAGGGCAUCUUGCUGUUUGGGCCUCCAGGCUGUGGUAAAACACUGAUGGCCAGGCAGAUUGGUAAGAUGCUCAACGCCCGCGAGCCCAAGAUCGUCAACGGCCCCGAGAUCCUGAACAAGUACGUAGGAGAGUCUGAGGCCAACAUCCGAAAACUGUUUGCUGACGCAGAGGAGGAGCAGAAGAGGCUGGGAGCCAACAGCGGCCUCCAUAUCAUCAUCUUUGAUGAGCUGGACGCCAUCUGCAAGCAGAGAGGAACGGGCGCCAGCAGCACAGGGGUGCAUGACACUGUGGUCAACCAGCUCCUGUCCAAGAUUGAUGGCGUGGAGCAACUGAACAACAUCCUGGUCAUCGGUAUGACCAACAGGCCCGACCUGAUCGAUGACGCUCUGAUGAGGCCCGGCAGGUUUGAGGUCAAGAUGGAAAUCGGUCUGCCUGAUGAGAAGGGGCGUGUCCAGAUCCUGACCAUCCACACCAACAAGAUGCGAAGCUUCAACCUGCUCGCUGGCGACGUCAACAUCAAGGAGCUGGCGGCUGAGACUAAGAACUACAGCGGUGCCGAGCUGGAGGGGCUGGUCAGGGCCGCUCAGUCCACCGCCAUGAACCGACACAUCAAGGCCACAUCUACAGUGGAGGUGGACAUGGAGAGGGCCGAGAAGCUGCAGGUCACCAGAGACGACUUCAUGGGGUCCCUCAACAACGACAUCAAACCUGCGUUUGGUACGAACCAGGAGGAUUAUUCCAGCUACAUCAUGAACGGCAUCAUCAAAUGGGGCGACCCCGUCACUCACGUCCUGGACGACGGAGAGCUGCUGGUGCAGCAGACUAAGAACAGUGACCGCACACCGCUGGUGGCCGUGCUACUGGAGGGUCCACCCCACAGUGGGAAGACGGCCUUGGCAGCUAAGAUUGCAGAGGACUCACAGUUCCCCUUCAUUAAGAUCUGCUCUCCAGACAAGAUGAUUGGACACUCCGAGAUCUCCAAGUGCCAGGCAAUCAAAAAGGUCUUUGAUGACGCGUACAAGUCUCAGCUCAGCUGCGUGGUGGUGGACGACAUCGAGCGUCUGCUGGACUACGUCCCCAUCGGGCCACGUUUCUCCAACCUGGUGCUUCAGGCUCUGCUGGUGCUGCUGAAGAAGGCGCCGCCAAAGGGUCGGAAGCUGCUCAUCAUUGGCACCACCAGCAGGAAGGACGUGCUGCAGGAGAUGGAGAUGCUGGACGCCUUCAGCACCACCAUCCACAUCCCCAACAUAUCUACUGGGGAGCAGCUAGUCGACGCUUUAGAGCUGCUGGGGAGCUUCUCAGAUAAAGAGCGCGCCAGCAUCGCGCAGCAGCUCAAAGGGAAGCGAGUGUGGAUCGGCAUCAAGAAGCUCCUGGUGCUCAUCGAGAUGUCGCUGCAGAUGGACCAGGAUUACAGAGUGUCCAAGUUCCUGUCUCUGCUCCGAGACGAGGGGGCUGAUCGCAGCUUCUAUGAGUAGAGGGGCUCACCACCAACAAUAUCCAUUGGAUAAAAUGAGGAAGAGGAGAAGAAGAAGAAGAAGAAGAAGAGAUCCUCCUCUUGUCCAUCCACCCAGUGAUCCAUCCAUCCAUCCGUCCGUCCAUCUAUCUACUUAAAUACCCACCUGUUCGAAGAGAGGGACACACAACUCCUCUUGAUCUCAGCAUGUUUCUGUAGGCAGUGCCACUGUAUCACCGUCCUCCUACUCUUCAUCCACCUUCAUCUUUACUUAUUGACAUAUCACAGCAAACUACUGGAAGUCGUACUGUUAAAAAUCUGUUAUCUGUAAAGAAAAUUGCAAUAGAUGAUUGUAAAAAGUGCUGUUUUGUGCAUCGUGCGUAAAAAAAAACAACAAAAAAAGAAAGUAUGUUUUCAGCUCUAGUAUUUGUUGUGUUGUUGCAUAUCCCUCGUCCUGCUAAAGAUAGUUAUUGUUAGUAUACGAUAUGUAUCCUCACAAACACAAGCAGAGUCAACAGAAAACAUCCAGACGUGACACAAGCCAUCUGAAUAUUUAAGAUGUGGAUCUCUGAGAGGCUUUUAGUGAAUAUGUAGUGGCUGUAAAAACGAAGCUGUUCCAUGUGACAAUGUAAACCCUUUAAAAUCUACAGUAUGUAACCUGUUCAUGUUCUGUACAUAGUAUAUAUAGAGACAAAUGCAGUAUAUCACAAGAGUCAUUUAAAUGAUCGGUCUCCAGUCUGUUUGGUACUAUAUCAGUAUGAUUCUUCUUCCCUGAGACGUUACCAGGUUACUGUAAUAGUGAAAGUAAUUGUUGGAUUGUUUCUGUCUGUGUUCAGUUGAGUCUCGCUAGUGUCGCUAAACGGCAGCAUCAGUGUUAACGAUUAAAAAAUAUUCCGCACUUUCAACAUCGAGUCAAAGAACCUUUAGUAUCUCAGUGGCUCUUCGUGGGAACUCGAGCUCGUGUGCAUGUGUGAGGAACUAAACGCUGCAUGUGUCCAGUAUGUCAGAGUAUAUGUGUGUGUGUGUGUGUGUGUGUGUGUGUUUGAGAGAGUGUGUGUGGCAGCAGAAAGUGCUGUUGAAUGUGAGCAUGUGUGUGUUUUAGUGUGUGUGUGCAUCUUGAGUUCAGGUUGAGGCGGUCGGUGGUUAAUUUGUGGGGUUUUUCUCAUGUCAUGUGUUCAGUGGUUUUUGUCCAAAUGUUCUUGUUUUAUUCGGAUCAUUGACGAUGUGUGUGUGAGUGUGCGUGAGUGUGUGUGUAAAUAUAUAUUAACAUGCAGAUGUAUUAUUGCAAUA